CGUGCUUACACAUGCCGAUGUCGAGUGCAACAAGAACACAUCCACACGCUUGGGUACAUUAGUUGCCGCAAUAUAGUCGCUCACGGACUAUAGGAGCAUACAGCAUGCGGGGCGCAUGCUGUUCGGCAAAUCGAUUUAGCCUGGCAAACCGCGCAUCGAAUGGUCGGAGGAAAGGCAACAAACCUGGAAAUGACCAACAUGAAUAUAGUAUUUUGCUUUACUCCUCAACAUGUCGUACCAUAGGAGUCUGACUUGCUCAUCAUGUUUUGCUUCCUUACAUCUUCGCAGUGUUGCUACUGCUACGUUCCGCCCGUAUGCGACGCAUUUCCGUUGAUACCUUGGGACUGAUGUCUUCCAAGAACGGCACGAAGUUUGAGGUUGCGAGGAGAAGGGGUGGGUGGAUCUCGGCGCCUAGAUUGCUGACGACGUGUGCCUUCUUUGGUAUUUUGUGGCUGUGGUUCAAUGUGAGGACGUCUGAAGUUUUGAUUCCAGAGGAUUCAUUCGCCUAUGUACAGGACGAGGGUUUGAGAGAUAUACUGAACACGACUCUAGGGUUCGAGAAGAUUCUCGUCCUCAACCUCCCCUUCCGAACCGAUCGCCGCGACGCAAUGAGUCUUUCAGCUGCAAUCUCCAACACCAAACUCGAGUUCGUGGAAGGUGUAACUGGGGAGAGUAUCAAAAACAAGGCCUAUCCUCUACCGGAAGAGAACAGGAAGCUUCCAGCAGGUAUCCGAGGAAGUUGGAGAACGCACAUGAACGCCUUGCAAAAGAUAGUCGACCAAAACCUAACCACAGCCCUCAUCCUCGAAGACGACGUAGACUGGGACAUCCGCAUCCGUCAAAACCUACAACGCUUCGCCCUCGCCUCCCGCUUCCUAUCCUCAAACUACACAUCCAUUCCUCUCUCGAAACUCACCUCCCACCGAAAUACCGAAACAACAUACACGGCCUUCAAAAUUAUCGACACAUCCAACCUCGCCAAGAAGCUCAUCUCCCUCCCUCUAUCCUCCCUCUCGCGCCAAUCCCACCUUACCCACACAUCAUCACCAUCACCCUAUGGUGGCCCAUCAAAAUGGGACAUACUCUGGCUAGGCCACUGUGGAACCGGUAUGCCGCGUCCAGCCCCCAAUCAGCAAUCCCCAAACUACGACCACGCUGUUCACCGCACGAUAACCCUAACGUACCCCAACGACUCCACAGUCCCAUCUCCUCACCACCUGAAAGCCCACCCCUUCCAAGGCGAUCCCGACGCCCUAGCCACCGCUUUCCCACCACACACACGCAUCUACCACCGCGCGACCGGCGGCACCCUCUGUACAGUCGGAUACGCCGUCUCGCAACGCGGCGCCCGUCGCUUGUUGCAUCAAUUCGGAGUGGCGGGGUGGAAUGGGAUUUUCGAUAGUGAGCUGGGGCGGUGGUGCGCUGGGAAUGAUCCUGAUAUGGGUCGACAGGCUCAGCAUUCUUCGGACGAUGCUAAGGGUGGUGGUGGCAUAGGUGUGAAUGGGGAUGAGAGGGUUUGUUUGACGACUCAACCACCGGUCUUCGCACAUCAUCAUCCGAGUGGUGGGGAGAGUGAUAUUGGCGGGGUGGGAGGCGGGUUCGCGAAGAGGUAUGAGACGAAGUAUUUGAGAUAUAGUGUUAGGAUGAACUUGGGGGCAUUGGUUGGGAGGACGGGAGGGGCGGUUGGAGCGGAGGGUUUGGUGGAUCAGUGGCCUGAUGGGGGAGAAUGA